UUGUGGCUACUUUGAUAACAAAAACGGUAUACAGAAUUAAACGUUUAAUAUAAAAGUGAUGCAGAACUAAAACUAAAACAGCGUUACUUCUUUAUAUGGUUAAGCUGCGCUAUAGUCUAAGCUGUUGUGCAUAUAAAUAGGUGUAUAGCAUUUUGAACUAAAUUUAUGCUCUUUUGACAAACGUUGAUUGGAUCCAACUUGAACUAUUUAGCUUUAAGGGCAGCAGGGAUGAUUUCUGGUGAGUAUUUAUGACAGAGGUUACAAGGGGGCGGGAUUAGUGCGAUUCUAGAAAUCACUUUGCGCAGCGCAUCUGUACCGUCAAACCCGCGUCUGUUUUUGCCAACUGUCCGACAGAUCCGGUGAUUUAUCUUCACAUCCUUUAGCUUUUUUUUUUUCCUUUUCUUUUUUUGUUUCAGCUCGUCUUAAAGAUAGCUCUUUUAUUUUGCUGUGGCAAUAGAUGGAUAUUACGAUCCAUUUAUUACACAUCAGAGAAGCAGUCUGAGAGUUGAUAGAGAGAAUGUCUCAGGUUGAAGAACCUCCCACUGAAGGAGAAGGAAGCCCCCAGAUGGUCUCCUUAAGAUCUGAUGUAUCUGGGAGCCAUGCAGACGAUGGAGAAGUGGGACCCUCUAUAAAGAGGAAAAGGAGGAAGAAGAAGGAGCCACGUCCAGAAUCUAUCAUUGUGUACCGUACUGAGACGGAGAGGGCGCCGGGAGAGGACCAAGGCGGUGAGGAGGGAGCAGAGAGGAGCAUUGAAGAAGGAGCAAAGUUCCUCUGCACACCCACAGGCGAAGGAGAGGGCUGGAAUCUUCCUCCGGACAGCCGGUAUGUGACCCUGACUGGAACCAUCACGCGAGGCAAGAAGAAGGGUCAGGUGGUUGACAUACACGUCACUUUGACACAAAAGGAACUCAGGGAACUUGCCAAGUCAAAGGAGCGUCUUAAUGCAGAGUGUGAGGCGGAUGAGAACUCCAAACGCAACUGUACCUUAGGUGUGUGCCACGGACCCCACGUUGUCCUGUGGAGCCUCUCGUGCGCUCCUGUGAUUUUCAUCCUCUCCUUCAUCACGUCCUUCUACUAUGGCACACUCACCUGGUACAAUGUCUUCUUGGUGUAUAAUGAAGAGCGGACGUUCUGGCACAAGAUAACAAUAUGCCCCUUUCUUAUCAUCUUCUACCCCAUGCUCAUCAUGCCCAUGGCGGUGCUGCUGGCUCUGUACUCCGCAGUGGUGCAGGUGUCCUGGGCCUUCGGCGAGUGGUGGCAGGCGGUGCGAGACAUGGAAAAAGGUUUCUGUGGUUGGGCCUGUGGUAAACUAGGACUCGAGGACUGUUCACCCUACAGCGUAGUGGAACUCCUUGAUUCAGACACGGUUUCUGGCUCUCUGCAGAGCAAGGCGCCCAGUGAACACGCUCAGACAUCAUCAGUUUAAAAGAGGGGAUGCUGAAGUCAUUGCACAUAUUCCUACUGGUUUCAAAGGUUUUUUUGAAACAAAAACAGAAUGUUGAAGACACAACAGACGGAGUUUGAAGAUUAUUUUUCUGAUUUUGAUUCUUAUUAGAUCUUGUUUAUGAUCUAAGCAGAAAAUGAAUGACGAGAACUCAUUCAUUUUUUUAGGUAUUUAAAAGCUACACAUUUACACUUUCCUGCAAAUGAUAACUUAUUAAACACUGCCUCAACUCUUCUAAGAUAUUUUUAGCAGAGUUUCUACAAAGGUAAAUCAUUAUUGCACUUAGGCAUGGGAGUUUAAAAAAAAAUCUGUUUUAAUAUUUAUAUUUUCUUCACAGACUUCCACAGGUCACUAAAAAGUCACUGGUAAUAACUGGAUUACUUGGAACCUUUGAAAAGAUAGCUUCAAUUAACACAGCUAAGCUGUGAAUGCUGAAACGCACUACUUUAGACCAAGUUUCACUCAAUCUGUAAAUAUCUACUUAAAUGUUCGUCAUUUCCUUCUUCUGCAUCACAUUUUGCUGUAAUUUAGCAAAGUUGUAUAGUUUGUGAAGUUACCAAAAAAACUGAAGUUGGAGUUGGGAUGAGGCUCGAUUGAUCACGAGUACAACUUUGACUGCAACUAUAUGUUCUGUGAAGGAGCUGUUGUCAAUAUACACUUUAUUUAUUAAUUGUUUUGAUCAUUGCCAUGAAGCAACAUUGAGUUGGUGCAUCUCAUUAAAUCCAACUCGUGUUUUCUGUCUUUAGUACCAUAGCCAUUUGGUAGAGCAUAAUAAUGUUUAUCAAUUAUUUAUCAUUUGGUUCAGCACUAUUUUGUUGCCAUUAAAACAUAAUUUUAAUGCUCUGAGUUUUUUUCCCCACAGUGAUGAUGUGCACAACAUACAGUGUAUUGUAUUCAUCUAAAGUAAACUGACUCGUGCAUUCAUAUACAUUUUAUUAUUCUCGAACAAGAAAAAUAACAGGAUCACACAAAACCUAUGAUAGAUGAAUAUAAACCUGAAUUAAUUUGUUGAUGUGUAGAUGACUGGGACAUACUGCAACACCUCCAAGUAUUAUCAGUUACAAACAGUGAAGGAUGUGAUAAUUAUUAAUUGCAUCACAAUUCAUCAGAGUUUUUUAAAACUUGAAAUCAGCCACUGAAAAUGAAAAGGUCAUUGUACCGCAUGCAAUGACCUUUGUUGGAAAAGAAAAAAAAUGCUUUUGGUUACCUUUUUUUUGUUGAUAAUUUUGUCACUUUAAACAUAUCACAUCAUUUUUGUUGUAAAUAAAAUACAUUGUUACACAUCCAGUAUUUGCAGUUUGUUAAAGGAAACCUGUACUGGAAAACAUGGCAUGUAAACUGUCUGUGUUGAAUACAAUGUCUGAACAGUUUUAAAAAUGUAUUUAUUUAUUCCUCAGCGUGUAUUUAACCCUUGCAAGGCACUAAGGCUCAUGUCAAAAUGACUCAAGCCAGAGCGAAGGCCCUCAGUUCCUCAGAGGGUUUGCUUAUCCCUUAGUGCCUUGAGAGGGCUACGUUUUCAUCGCUGUUUGUAAUUAAGGACAUAUGGUGAACUUGGCUCUUGUAUUGCAGGAAGAAGAAAAAUCAGAACACAAAAUACAGUAUUUGUCUAUUAUUUGCAU